AUGACCAAGGCAAGCCUUUUUUCAGCUGCAGGUACACUGGCCACUCUGCUACUAGCAGCAAGCAUCACCGUGCCACAAGCACAUGGCGUCGCGCUAUUGAAGCCACACAUACCAGAGUAUGAAGCACUCGUCGACCGCACCAAGUCCAUUUAUUCGCCAACUCCGGACGUCGACGGGCGGCACUACCUCCCGCAACCACGCGCAGAAGCACUGCGCCCCGGCGGUCGAGCAGUUGCAACCCGCCGUUCGACAGGAGGCGGCGGGGUGAAAGUGCCGAUCAAGCGCUUUGACAAGUAUGCCGGCCAUCGUCGCGACGGCAUGGCACCGGAUGAAGUUAAAGCGUGGGCGCUCAAGCAGAAACACUACAUCGCUAAAAAGUGGGGCAGCGCAUUCAAGGGUGGCGACAGCGCCGUCAAGCGCAAUGGGGGCCAGGACGUCACAAAGCUCGAUAGGAGGGGGAUCGCCGCCCUUACGAACGUCGACCAGGACACAUACUACUAUGCGGACGUCUCUAUGGGCACGCCUGCGCAGUCCAUGGCUCUUGUGCUUGACACGGGCAGCAGUGACCUUUGGGUCGCCACCUCUGAGUGCAGCAGCAACACCUGUUCGUCGCUCAGCAAGUUUUCCAUGUCUAACAGCUCGACGUACCAAUCCUCCUCGCAAGUCUUCUCCAUCACCUACGGCUCGGGCGCCGUGACGGGCCACAUGGCAGGCGACACGAUUACCCUCGGGGAUUACACCGUGUACAGCCAGAGCUUCGCCGUCGCGCAGCAGGUCGCCCAGGAUACGAUUAGUGCACCUGCGAGCGGGAUCAUGGGCCUCGGCUUCCAGGAGCUUUCGACCGCCGGCGUCACGCCGUGGUGGGAAGUGCUGGCUAAGGAAGGCGUGCUUGAAACAAACGCCUUCACCUUCCAGCUCACCCGCACCUCCGCCUCCUCAUCCUCGUCAUCUUCCACUUCGAGCGAUAGCUCGACAACCAAGACGGCUGGCGGUGUUUUUACAAUCGGCGCUAUCGACACGGACCAGUACAGCGGGACUAUCAACUACGUUUCGAUACCUUCCCAGUACCAGUCGUACGGCUACUGGUCCAUCAUGUUAGACAGCUACGCGCUCGGCGGCGGCAGCUCUACCUCGAUCGACUCGAUCGCAUGCAUUGAUACGGGCACGACGCUCAUCGCGACGACGUACACCUUCGCAGCUUCGCUCUACGAGCAGAUCAGCGGGAGCAAGAGCCUGGAAGAAACGUACGGAGAAGAAGGGCUCUACGCUUUCCCGUGCGACUCGACCGUGAGCCUGACACUCUCUUUCGGUGGUGUUCGUUACACGAUGGACGGCGCCGAUUUUAACGCUGGGGCUGUCGACAGUAAGGGUGAAUACUGCUUGGGCGCAGUGUUUGGGUCUUCCAACGGCGGCUCGUCUACCCCUGCCUUCAUCAUCGGCGAUGCCUUCCUCAAGUCCUGGUUCAGCGUCUUCGACUACGAUAAGAAGGCGGUCGGUUUCGCCAGUCUCAAAGGCGGCAGCGCUCAGACUGUCGUCAGCAGCAGCAGCGCUGCCUCUGUAGCCACAACAAUUGCUACUGCCGCCGUUACAGCGCGUCAAUUCGGAGGACCGGGCCUCGGAGGACCGGGCGGCUUCACAUACGGCUCGUUGAGCUCGACGUCCGAGGUGUGGACAACCGUCACGGCCUCUGCCACAGCAGCCACGGGCACGGGCACGGGCAUCUAUUGGGCGUCAGGCAUCUCGGCGCCAACUGCUUCGGGCGCCACGUCGCUCAGUGAGAAACUCAGCAGCAGCGCUGCUGCUCAUGCUGCUGGCGGUGCUGGCGCUGCGGGCUUCGGUGCUACGGCGCUCAUCUGCGCUGCUGUUGCGGGCGCGAUGACAGUGCUGGCACUCUGA